AACCAAAUAAGGACAGGAAUUUAGGUUGAUUUAAAUGGCGCGUAAAGUCCCAUUUCUUUUUAACUCAGUUUUCUCCGCCCCCACCAAAUCCAGCUUCCUCUGACGGCGGCGUUAUUUAAACGCCCUCCUCGUCUUAAGCCCACUGCGUCGACUAGCUCCUUCGUUUCAUUCUCACUCACGGAUCCAACCUUCGACACCAAUUUUGCUCCCAAAUUGUAACUCAAAUCAUCAACUAAAAAAUUCAAAUUCAACAUUUUUUUAAUUUUAAAAAAUGGAGGUAACUGCCAGAGCUCCAGGGAAGAUCAUUCUCGCCGGUGAACAUGCUGUGGUUCAUGGAUAUACUGCCGUUGCUUCCUCCAUUGAUCUCUACACUGUUGUCUCUCUUCGUCUUCGUUCUGAAGACGAAGAUACAGUAAAACUUAAGCUCAAUGACAUUGGAUUAGACUUUUCAUGGUCAGUCGGAAGAAUCAAGGAAGUGCUAUCUCACUUAGGUUCUCCAUUUUCUUCGACACCCACAUCAUGCUCAUUGGAGACCAUUAAAUCUCUCGCCACUCUUGUUGAUGAGCAAAGUUUCCCCGAGACAAAGAUUGGACUUGCUUCUGGGGUUUAUGCAUUUCUUUGGUUGUACACCUCUAUAUUGGGGUUUAAGCCGGCUACAGUCACCGUUUCUUCUGAACUUCCUGUGGGUGCGGGUCUGGGUUCAUCGGCUGCAUAUUGUGUUUCACUCUCAGCAGCUCUAUUAGCUCUUUCAGAUUCCGUGAAAUUGGACGUAAGCCAAAAAGGAUGGUCUACGUUUAAGGAGACUGAGGCUGAAUUGGUGAAUAAGUGGGCUUUCGAAGGGGAGAAGAUAAUUCACGGAAGACCCUCUGGAGUUGACAACUCAGUUAGCACAUUUGGAAAUGUGAUCAAAUUCAAAUCUGGUGUUAUGACCCGCGUCGAUUCCAAUAUGCCACUGAAAAUGCUCAUUACCAACACAAAAGUCGGGAGGGAUACAAAGGCUUUGGUUGCUAAUGUUUCGGCAAGGAAAUCAAGGCAUCCUGAUGCCAUGUGUUCCGUGUUAAAUGCCAUUGAAGCCAUCAGUGAUGAAUGGUCUACCAUCAUCCAGUCGCAUGCUGUGGAUGAUCUAUAUUUAUCUGCCAAUGAAGAGAAGCUCGGAGAAUUAAUGGAAAUGAAUCAGGGUUUGCUCCUCUCUAUAGGUGUUAGCCAUGCAUCGAUAGAAAAUGUUCUUCAGACAUCAAUGAAGUAUAAGCUAGCUUCCAAGCUGACCGGAGCUGGUGGCGGAGGUUGCGUGCUAACACUCUUGCCAACCCAUAUAUCAGGAGAAGUCAUCGAUAAGCUAGUGGAAGAGCUCGGAUCAUUCGGUUUCCAGUGUUUCUCAGCCGGAAUUGGUGGUAAAGGUGUUCAAAUUUCCUUUGAUCAUUCUUCCUAAUUUUCCGUCCCCAUAUUUUAGUCGUAAUAAGACUCUCUUCGAAUAACAACAUGAAGCACAUUAUAUCGAUGUUAUAGUUAUUUCCCUUCCCUUUCGUUUUCUGUACACUUCACUUUCGGAUUAGCCGUUUUCUAGUUAAACCAGAACGAAGAAAAACUACUGCUACAGAAAACAAUGUUGUAGCUGUUUCUAUUCUCCUUUGUACAUUAGUUUACUGCGUCAGUUUGUGUUGUCUUUGCUGUUGAAAGUUAAAAGUCAAUGAGGUUUUAACUUUUAGCCAUUAUAA